GCCACUGUGAGUAGUGGAACCUCAAUUCUGUGAGAAGGUGACUGGAUAACACCACCAUGCAUUUCCCCAAAAGCCUUUUUUUAUUUUUUCCUUUCUUUUGUGUUUGUGUUGUGUUCUUCCCAUAAAGCCCCUCUUUUUUCCCUUGCAAGCGUCGGCAGUUUCUUUUGUAGGAUUGUGAGGAACAAGACCACAAAUAAGGAACUCACAAUAGAGUGGAAUUUGAAGGGCCCCUCUCUCACUCAACCCUGUCAAAGGUGUCAAGCACAUUCUUUUGUUUGUAUUUUGUGAGCAAAGGGUGGUGUGGUGGUGCUUCUUGUGGUUGGUGUUGGGGUGCGCAGGAUAAUCGGCAAAGUAAGGUGAAGGUUAGGGAGAGAAAGAAUCAAAUCAAACAAACAACCCCAUUUAAAAAAAAUAUAUAUAGAAAGAGAAAAAAUAUAUAAAGAAGAUUGUUCUUUUUAUUAACAACAACCCACCAUAGUUUUAAGGCCAUUUAAUUGGUUCUUAUUGUGUUUGUGAGUGUGCUAUAAAUCCUUCGUGGUUUUUGGUGACCCUUUGGGUUCUAUAGUGAGUGCAAGGUAACCCACUUUGGAUUGGAAGGUUGUCGCAAUGGGGAAGGUUGUGUUGUUGUUUCUUUGCAUGGUGUUGGUGGUGGUGUCUUUGGCUUGUGCUGAUUCAAUUGAGAAGCUUGAGGUUCAGAAGCACUUGAAGAACUUGAAUAGACCUCCUGUUAGGUCCAUCAAGAGUCCUGAUGGAGAUGUUAUUGACUGUAUCCAUGUCUCUCACCAGCCAGCUUUUGAUCACCCUGACCUCAAAAAUCACAAGAUUCAGAUGAAACCAAAUUUCCAUCCAGAAGGUCACCCUUUUGGAGAAAGCAAAGUCUCUUCAAAUUCCAAGCCGAUUACUCAGCCGUGGCACCAAAAUGGGAGGUGCCCUGAUGGAACAAUUCCGGUCCGAAGGACGAAAAAGGAUGACAUGUUAAGGGCAAGCUCUGUUCAGCAUUUUGGAAAGAAGAAGGAUAGGAGCUUCCCUCAGCCAAAACCUGCAAAACCUCUACCUGACAUCAUCAGUCAGAGUGGCCACCAGCAUGCCAUAGCGUAUGUGGAGGGAGAUAAGUAUUAUGGAGCCAAGGCAACCAUAAACGUCUGGGACCCAAAAAUUCAACAGCCCAAUGAAUUUAGCCUUUCUCAAAUGUGGAUUUUGGGUGGCUCUUUUGGUCAAGAUCUCAACAGCAUUGAAGCAGGUUGGCAGGUCAGCCCUGAUUUGUAUGGAGACAACAAUACUAGACUCUUCACUUAUUGGACAAGUGAUGCAUAUCAAGCUACUGGUUGUUAUAAUCUCCUUUGCUCUGGCUUUAUUCAAAUUAACAGUGAUAUAGCCCUGGGAGCAAGCAUCUCCCCACUUUCUAAGUAUAGCUCUUCCCAAUAUGAUAUCAGCAUCCUGGUCUGGAAGGACCCCAAAGAGGGUAACUGGUGGAUGCAGUUUGGGAAUGACCAUGUUAUGGGAUACUGGCCGGCUCCUCUAUUCUCGUACCUCUCUGACAGCGCGUCAAUGAUUGAGUGGGGGGGAGAGGUUGUGAACUCUGAGUCCGACGGCCAACACACCUCGACUCAAAUGGGGAGUGGCCAUUUCCCUGAGGAGGGUUUUGGCAAGGCUAGUUACUUCAAGAACAUUCAGAUUGUUGAUGGUGACAACAAGCUUAGAGCUCCAAAAGACCUUGGCACUUACACUGAGCAAGAUAGCUGCUACAAUGUCCAAACUGGUAGUGCUGGAGAUUGGGGUAGCUACUUCUACUAUGGUGGUCCUGGUAGAAACCCAAAUUGCCCUUGAUCAUUCAUGUUAAUCAAACAAAGCUGAAAAAAAAAAACAACAAAAAAAGGUGUUAUUUUUAUCUAGUGUAGUUAUUUUAGUAACUUUGUGGUACCACUUAGCUUUGUGGUGUAUAAUGAAGCUCCUAGUCUCUUUGAAGUCUCCAAAAAAUUGUUGGAGAAAAGGGGUGGUGGGUUUCUUUCUUAGAUUUACAAGAAACAAGUUUCUUAAUUGGUUUUCCCUGUUUAUAUUAUAUAUAUUUGUUGUUUUUGUUUGCUCCUCUCUCUGGAGCUGUGAAGGUUGAGGUGUGACUGUGAACAGAAUAUUCUAUUAUGGAACAAGGAGACUGUAUUUUUUAUAUUUUGCUACCAUGUUUUGAUUAGUGAAAAGCUGUCUUAAUAA